CUCCCCCUCCCUCCCUCCCUCUCUCCCAUCCUCCCUCUCUCUUGCUCUCUCUCUGUAUUUGUGCCUUGUACUUCUCUCUUGGGAUUUCAGAAUCCAGCUGCAAGGAAAGCAGUUUGGAAGUGGAAGCGGGAUGUUGGAGGGACUCUAAAAGACACGCACAACAACAGGAAAAGCCUACAGCCUCGCUGACAUAAAACUCUUCAUAUAAAGUUCACAAUGCUGGGCUUUUCUCUCUCCCUCUGUGUCCUGAUUCUACCCGCUGCGGUGUGGGUUACCUGUACUGGCAUGGUGACUGACCCAUACCGAAUCACUCGCUCCGAACUGGACCUUGAGAAUGAUGACUACAGCUCCCAUCGUGAUCCCACCGAGUCCGACUACACAGCACAGAGCCAGAGAGCCAGGUCUCGGGAUGGAGAGAGGGGAUCGCAGUGUUUGCGCUGCUGUGACCCGGGAGAGGAGCCCCCACCUCCGUACCCCUCCCCUGCAUUCCAGUUUGUGCCUCAUAUCAAUAUCACCAUCCUCAAAGGUGAGAAAGGUCACAGAGGAGAACGUGGCACCUAUGGCAAAUCAGGGAAAUCCGGCAGUUCUGGACCCAGGGGCCCUGAAGGGAUAAAAGGGCACAAGGGUGCUACUGGCUCUCCGGGGGAACCCUGCAAAACCUACUACUCUGCCUUCUCAGUGGGAAGAAAGAAGGCCCUGCACAGCAACGACUACUACCAGACGCUCAUCUACGACACAGAGUUUGUCAACCUCUACAAGCACUUCAACAUGUUCUCCGGGAAGUUCUACUGCUACAUCCCAGGGGUCUACUACUUCAGCCUAAACGUGCACACCUGGAACCAGAAGGAGACCUACCUGCACCUGAUGAAGAACGAGCAGGAGCUGGUGGUCCUAUACGCCCAGCCCAGCGACCGCAGCAUCAUGCAGAGCCAGAGCCUGAUGCUGGAGCUGGAGCAGAACGACGAGGUCUGGGUGCGUCUCUUCAAGGGCGAGCGUGAGAACGCCAUCUUCAGCGACGACUUCGACACCUACAUCACUUUCAACGGCUACCUGAUCAAAGCCAAGAGCGAUGACUAGCAAGGCCCGGGGCUGCAGGACUGUCUCGGCUGGCUUUUCUGUGUAAAGGGGCCAUUCUACAGUAAAACAAUUUGAAUAGGAAAUAGAUAGGGCUGUGAGUUAUUGUCAUUGUCUUGUCUAGCAUUCACAAGAAACCCAUUCCCCUAGUUUUUACUAUGUUCAUCGUUCUUAGGGAUGUAGUUCUGGGGAUCUUGUGUUUUUGCAUAUAUAUAUAUAUAUAUAUAUAUAUAUAUAUAUAUAUAUAUAUAUAUAUAUAUAUACUUUGGGCAGCUGGCUCUUUGAGCUAAUACAUACAGACGUGCUCAAAUUUGUUGGUACCCUUACAGCUCAUUGAAAUAAUGCUUCAUUCCUCCUGAAAAGUGAUGAAAUUAAAAGCUAUUUUAUCAUGUAUACUUGCAUGCCUUUGGUAUGUCAUAGAAUAAAGCAAAGAAGCUGUGAAAAGAGAUGAAUUAUUGCUUAUUCUACAAAGAUAUUCUAAAAUGGUCUGGACACAUUUGUUGGUACCCCUUAGAAAAGAUAAUAAAUAAUUGGAUUAUAGUGAUAUUUCAAACUAAUUAGUUUCUUUAAUUAGUAUCACACAUGUUUCCAAUCUUGUAAUCAGUCAUUCAGCCUAUUUAAAUGGAGAAAAGUAGUCACUGUGCUGUUUGGUACCAUUGUGUGCACCACAGUAAACAUGGACCAGAGAAAGCAAAGGAGAGAGUUGUCUGAGGAGAUCAGAAAGAAAAUAAUAGACAACAAUGGUAAAGGUAAAGGCUACAAGACCAUCUCCAAGCAGCUUGAUGUUCCUGUGACAACAGUUGCAAAUAUUAUUAAGAAGUUUAAGGUCCAUGGAACUGUAGCCAACCUCCCUGGGUGCGGCCGCAAGAGGAAAAUCAACCCCAGAUUGAACAGAAGGAUAGUGCGAAUGGUAGAAAAAGAACCAAGGAUAACUGCCAAAGAGAUACAAGCUAAACUCCAAGGUGAAGGUACGUCAGUUUCUGAUCGUACCAUCCGUCGCAUUUUGAGCGAAAGUGGGCUCCAUGGAAGAAGACCCAGGAGCACUUUUGACAGAAAAACAUAAAAAAGCCAGACUGGAAUUUGCUAAAAUGCAUAUUGACAAGCCAUAAUCCUUCUGGGAGAAUGUCCUUUGGACAGAUGAGUCAAAACUGGAGCUUUUUGGCAAGUCACAUCAGCUUUAUGUUCACAGACGAAAAAAUGAAGCUUUCAAAGAAAAGAACACCAUACCUACAGUGAAACAUGGAGGAGGCUCGGUUAUGUUUUGGGGCUGCUUUGCUGCGCCUGGCACAGGGUGCCUUGAAUCUGUGCAGGGCACAAUGAAAUCUCAAGACUAUCAAGGCAUUCUGGAGCGAAACGUACUGCCCAGUGUCAGAAAGCUCUGUCUCAGUCGCAGGUCAUGGGUCCUCCAACAGGAUAAUGACCCAAAACACACAGCUAAAAGCACCCAAGAAUGGAUAAGAACAAAACAUUGGACUAUUCUGAAGUGGCCUUCUAUGAGUCCUGAUCUGAAUCCUAUCGAACAUCUAUGGAAAGAGCUGAAACUUGCAGUCUGGAGAAGGCACCCAUCAAACCUGAGACAGUUGGGGCAGUUUGCUCAGGAAGAGUGGGCCAAACUACCUGUUAACAGGUGCAGAAGUCUCAUUGAGAGCUACAGAAAACGUUUGAUUGCAGUGAUUGCCUCUAAAGGUUGUACAACAAAAUAUUAGGUUAGUGGUCCCAUCAUUUUUGUCCAUGCCAUUUUCAUUUGUUUUCUUAUUUACAAUAUUAUGUUGAAUAAAAAAUCAAAAGCAAAGUCUGAUUUCUAUUAAAUAUGGAAUAAACAAUGGCAGAUGCCAAUUA